AUGGGCCCUCCGUCCCGUAGCGUCUCCGCGCUCCUGCUGCUGCUACAGGUCACAUCAGGGCUCUGCCAGGAGCCCGAGCCCUGCCGUCCUGGCUUUGGCGCCGACAGCUACACGUUCACCGUGCCCCGUCGACAUUUGGAGAGAGGCCGAGUCCUGGGCAGAGUGAGUUUUGAAGGAUGCACCGGUCAACCAAGGACAGCCUAUUUUUCUGAUGACACGCGAAUCAAAGUGGGCAGCGAUGGUGUGGUUAGCGUCAGACGGCCUCUGCAGCUUCAUAAACCAGAGAUGAGUUUUCUCGUCCACGCCUGGGACUCCAGCCGCAGGAAGCUGUCCACCAAAGUUACGCUGAAGGCAGCAGUGCGCCAUCACCACCACCAUCAUGACACUGUCUCCGAAACCCAGACAGAAGUGCUCACAUUUCCCAACUCCCAGCAUGGUCUUAGAAGACAGAAGAGAGACUGGGUUAUCCCUCCUAUCAGCUGCCCAGAAAAUGAGAAAGGGCCAUUUCCUAAAAAUCUGGUUCAGAUCAAAUCUAACAGGGACAAAGAAAUCAAGGUUUUCUACAGCAUCACUGGCCAAGGGGCUGACACACCUCCUGUUGGUGUGUUUAUUAUUGAAAGAGAAACAGGAUGGCUGAAGGUGACGGAGCCUCUGGAUAGAGAACAAAUUGCCAAGUACAUUCUGUACUCUCAUGCUGUGUCUUCAAAUGGGCAUGCAGUCGAAGACCCAAUGGAGAUUGUGAUUACGGUGACAGAUCAGAAUGACAACAAGCCCGAGUUCACCCAGCAGGUCUUUGAAGGUUCUGUCAUGGAAAGUGCUCUUCCAGGAACUUCUGUGAUGCAGGUCACGGCCACAGAUGCAGAUGACGACGAGAAUACCUACAAUGCCGCCAUCGCAUACACCAUCCUCUCCCAAGAGCCCCCGCUGCCUCAGAGCACAAUGUUCACCAUCAAUAGGGACACAGGAGUCAUCAGUGUGGUCACCACCGGGCUGGACCGGGAGAGUGUCCCCAUGUACACCCUGGUGGUUCAGGCUGCUGACCUGCAAGGCGAAGGUUUAAGUACAACCGCAACAGCCGUGAUCACGGUCACUGACAUCAACGAUAACCCUCCCAUCUUUGAACCAACGACGUACCAGGGGCAGGUGCCUGAGAACGAAGCUAAUGUCGAAAUCACCGUACUCAAAGUGACUGACGCCGAUGUCCCAAAUACCCCAGCGUGGCAGGCCGUGUACACCAUAUUGAACAAUAAGGAUGACCAGUUUGUUGUCACCACAGACCCAGUAACCAACGAUGGCAUUUUGAAAACAGCUAAGGGCUUGGAUUUUGAGACCAAGCGACAAUACAUUCUGUAUGUGGCCGUGGAGAAUGUGUCCCCGUUUGAGGUUAUUCUCUCCACCUCCACAGCCACAGUCACCGUGGACGUGGAGGAUGUGAACGAAGCCCCCAUCUUUGUGCCUCUCCAAAAGGAAGUGCACAUACCUGAAGACUUUGGUGUGGGCCUGGAAAUCACGUCCUACACUGCUGAGGAUCCGGACCAGUUUAUGGAACAGAGGAUAACGUAUCGGAUUUGGAGGGAUGCUGCCAACUGGCUGAGGAUUGAUCCAGACACUGGUGCCAUUUUCACUCGGGCUGAAUUAGACAGGGAGGACUUUGAGCAUGUGAAGAACAGCACGUACACGGCCCUCAUUAUCGCCACCGACAAUGGUUCUCCACUUGCUACUGGAACGGGAACCCUUCUCCUGAUCCUCUCUGAUGUGAAUGACAAUGGCCCCGUACCAGAACCUCGAAGUAUGGAUUUCUGCCAGAAAAAUCCACAGCCUCAUAUCAUCAACAUCUUUGAUCCAGAUCUUCCCCCCAACACAUCUCCCUUCACGGCAGAACUAACACACGGGGCAAGUGUCAACUGGACCAUUGACUACAGUGACCAAGCCCGUGAAUCUCUAAUUUUGAAGCCAAAGAAAACCUUAGAGUUGGGCGACUACAAGAUAAAUCUCAAACUCGUGGAUAACCAGAACAAGGACCAGGUGACCACCCUAGAUGUGUACGUUUGUGACUGCGAAGGGGUCGUCAACAACUGCAAGAGGACCAUGCCUUACGCUGAAGCGGGGUUGCAAGUUCCUGUCAUUCUGGGCAUUCUCGGAGGAAUCCUCGCCUUACUAAUCCUGAUUCUGCUGCUUUUGCUGUUUGUUCGGAGGAGAGGGGUGGUCAAAGAGCCCUUACUACCCCCAGAAGAUGACACCAGGGACAAUGUUUAUUACUAUGAUGAAGAAGGAGGUGGAGAAGAGGAUCAGGACUUUGACUUGAGCCAGUUGCACAGGGGCCUGGAUGCUCGGCCUGAAGUGACUCGCAAUGAUGUGGCACCAACCCUCCUGAGCAUGCCCCAGUACCGACCCCGCCCUGCCAAUCCUGAUGAAAUUGGAAACUUUAUUGAUGAAAACCUGAAGGCAGCAGACAGUGACCCCACUGCUCCUCCUUACGACUCUCUGCUUGUGUUUGACUAUGAAGGAAGCGGUUCUGAAGCUGCUAGUCUGAGCUCCUUAAACUCCUCGGAAUCAGACCGAGAUCAGGACUAUGACUACCUGAAUGAAUGGGGCAAUCGCUUCAAGAAGCUGGCAGACAUGUACGGAGGUGGUGAGGAUGACUAG